CGGAAUCGUUAGCGCAAAACACCCCUACCCUAACAUUUUAAUCCCGCUAACUAGUACCCGGCUAACCUAUUAGCUAGCCCAGCCGGCCAGGUUAUAGGGUGCAUGUGUAAGGUAGAUAGGUAACUUACCUACCUAGGUACCUAAGGUGCUGUGUUCCGUUUCACUUAGCAUGGAAGUUACAGGUUAGAAGGUGCCUAAGGUCAGCAUGUGAUUUGUCGGUAAAACAACUCUCAAUAUCAAUUUAGGGAAACCACUGGGAAUUCAUGGGUAAAUCACUUUCCUUUCCUUUUCAGUUUCGCUACUGGACUUUUUCUAUUCUAAUCCUGACAUGACCUCCUUUUUCUUUUUUCUUCCUUUCUUUCCUAUUAAUCUAACUAGGUUUUUUAUUAAAUCGCUCUUCCAUUUUGGUAUCCACUGCACAACUCAACUGCGUUGCGUUUGCAUACAACUUAACAGUUGUGCUGUAUCCUGUAUCUUCAUUUUUACUUGUGCCCUCCUUACAUACGCAGCCCCAAUCAGACUCUCAGUCACAGAUCUACCCGGCCAUCCAGCUAAAGCUAUCUGGGGCUGACCCGUUCCUCGAGCGCAGGUUUGACAGGCAUCAGGGGGUUUCCGUCUAUGCCAUCCCCAUCUUGUGUCCUAUAAACCAGUGACAAGAUGCGGCAUGACGUCGAGCUUAGCUCCUUUUUUUAACGAUAGCCAAGCCUGGCGUCUACCAUCAACACUUAACCCUUUUUGACAUCCUUUUGCGAUGGCUUCUGACCGGGCGUUGUCUGGUUCAACUCCUAUGAGCUUGAGUACCAGCUAUUGCAUUCAGAACAAGCACAGAGGUUGGUAUCAUGUUCAACUCAAAAAGGCUGCACCCAUAUGAAGCCACGAACAUGAUGGAAAGGGUGCUGAGCCGCGACUGGCGACUCUGGCAAGUUGCAAGCGCAAAGUGCGGUUCCUACGCUUAUUCCCAUAUUAGGCUGCACACGUGGUAGGUUGACGA